AGCAAGUAGCUAGACCAGGAAGAGUAAAUAUCAAACGUUGCCUUAUGUGGUGGAACAGACUGUUGUGUGUUAAUAUCUUAAAGGAAAUAGAUACACCUAAGAAAUUCUCCAUAGCAAAAAUGUGAUCACUUUUUAAUCAUGGAUCCAGAGUUUAACCUUCAAGAUGUUUUACGAUGUCAUCUCUGUGAGACACAUGUUUCUCAGAUGUACUGUGACAUUUGUCAAAUUAAUCUCUGUAAGCCUUGUGUGGGAGAACAUAUCUCAGAUGAAUCGAAAGAACACAAAGUGGUGCCAAUUCAAAAGAGGAGAUCUACGCCCAAAUGUCCGACACAUUCCUCAAAGCAAUGUGAACUUUACUGUGAACAAUGCAACAUUCCUAUAUGUUUGAAGUGUGUUUCUUCUGCAAAACAUGAACAGCACAAAAAAAUCGACGCGUUGAUAAAUCUAGAAAGAAAGAAAAAAGCAUUGAAGAAAGAUUUACAAGAAUUAGAGAAUACUAUUUAUCCUAAAUACCAAGAGAUUGCAUCGAUUGUUUCAGUUCAAAGAGCUAAUGUUGAUAAAACCUACAAAAAACUGAAAAGAACAAUUGACAAACAGGAAAGAGACUGGCACAGAGAUAUAGACACAAUUGUUAAGAGUCUAAGAGCCGAUGCUGAUAGCGAAGAAUCACGCAUGUCAGCUUUCUUCGAUGAACAUGAAGGUAAAAUUAAACACAGUAUUGAUGAAAUUAAACAAACCAUUGUGGAUAUUAAAAAAGUAAUACAUUCAAACGAUGCGUACGUGUCUUCGGCAUAUAAAUCAAGAAAUAAUGGAUUCAGAAGAUUGCCUGAAAGUCUGUUUAUUUCUUUGCCAAGUAUCUACCCUUGUAAAAUUAGAAGAGAAUCCGUUCUUCAAAAUUAUAGUUCUUUUACCACAAAAAUGGUCUUUAACGGUGGCGGAUUUGGAAUGGAUUCUCCUUGUAGCAUGUCAACAACCAAAGAAAAAUAUAUGGAUAAACCUGGUUUAAUAUCGUAUAUAGAAACUGGGUAUAGAACAUACAAUGUGUCACGUCUCAGUGAUGAAGAAGUAUGGAUGUCUGGUACGGACAACAUCAUGAGACUCUACAACCUCGAUGGAGAUCUAUUGAAGUCAAUCCAAACCGAGUCAGGGAAUGUGCCAUCAUGCUUAGCAGUGACAAGAAAUGGUGAUCUAGUUUAUACUGAUCACAAAGAUAAAACUGUAAACAUGAUGAAAGAUACAGAAAUACAGACAUUGAUCAGACUAAAGGGGUGGAGACCUCAUGGUGUAUGUAGUACCUCCUCUGAUGAUCUCCUGGUUGUCAUGGACAGUGAUGAUGGUGAACAAACAAAGGUUGUGCGGUACUCUGGCUCUAAGAAGAUACAAAAUAUUCAGUAUGACAACGAGGGUGAAGACCUUUACUCACUUUGUUAUCAUUUCUUCCAUAUCACUGAAAAUAGAAAUCUGGACAUAUGUGUGACUGAUAAUAUUGCUCGAGCAGUAGUUGUCGUUAAUCAGGCCGGAAAACUCCGCUUUAGAUACACCGGUCCGUCUUCUUUAGGUUUUGAAGAAUCUUUUGAUCCACGCGGCAUCACUACAGACAGUCUGUGUCGGAUCUUGAUAUCAGACUGUGAAAACCGUCGUAUCCACAUUAUUGAUCAGGACGGACAGUUCCUCCGCUACAUUGACAACUGCGGAUUAUAUCGCCCGAUUGCUUUAUGUAUAAACACUGAAGACAACGUCUUUGUAGCUGAUGACGGUACUUGUCAAGUAAAUGUAAUCGAGUAUUACAUGCCAGUGGCGUAGCGUGUUCUAAUUGCCAGUCUCGCCGAGAAGAGGAAUAGCAGGGAGAAGUCGAUGAUCGAGUUGACAAAUUUGACUCCAUAAUUUGAAAAUUCGACGGUUUAAAAACAAUUUAUAUCAUACUUUUAAAUUUAAAUCUGACAAUUAUGUGCAAAUAGAAUAGAUAAAAAUCAUAUAAAUGCAUGUAUGUACAAUGUUUUAAUUUUCAUAUAAUGAAUCGUGUCUUUGAUGUAGUCUAUGGUAAAAAAAACAGUUUUAAUUCCAAUAUCAAUACAUUUAAUUUAAAGUUAUCGUCAAUAACCACGUCCGAUAUGUUUUGUAAAAUCCUCUCUGAUUUGUAGAGAUAAGCUGAUUCCAGGUGUCUGACAUAUAAAUCAGUGCGUAGCUCCACCUGAGUAAACGUGUCAAUACAUUGGUAGCUACAUGUAUAUGUAGCAAGACUGGAAGAGUAAUGACACUAAAGGUGGAAAAAUAAUUUUGUUUAAGGACUUUUAAAAGAAAAUAAAUGCAGAAUAGGAAUUGACCCUAUAUAGAGUAUGUCAGAUGUUUUACAGUGACAAAGAAAUCAUUGUUUAACUAGUGAAGUUGUAUAGGAGAACGCCUCUUCAUAAAUUGAAAUAACACAAAAGGUGUAUUAUCUAAAAAGACAGAUUUCACUCCCAAAAGUCCAAAACAUUUCUAAAAGCAGUGUAAAGAAAAUGUUGCAGAAAAUAUUUUCGCUUAAAGAACCAUAGCGAAAAAUAAUUGUCCUGACGACAUGUAAACUAAUAUGUUUUACGGUGCUACCGUUCUGGCAAGCGCAGCAAGAAUUACACAUACCUUGCAUCAUUGUCAACCUAUUGUUAUUUAAGUAUCAACGAACGUCAAAGAAUUUUUGAGAGAGUAUUGCUCUACAAUAAGUAUGCCAAAUGAGAGAGAGAGAGAGAGAGAGAGAGAGAGAGAGAGAGAGAGAGAGUCCGGUCCCUGUUUGUAGGUGUGUAAUUUCCCACCUUUAAAUUUAACUAUUUGACUAUAUGCUAUUUAACUGUUUGACUAAAUGCAAUAUCUACAUAAUUUUUUUAACUGUUUAUUUUUUCUCUUUAUUCCUUUUUAUUCAAAAUGUCCUAUUGUUUAUUUCCUCCCUACUCAUAUACCUGCCUACUGUACAUGCAUGCACAAUUAGCUUAAAAAUGGAGUAAAGUAUGACUCUUGCUAGUAUUUAUUUAGAUAAUCUAUAUAUUGAAAAGAAAUAAAAACAAAUCAUGUCAAUGAGGCAGGAAUCGCAGUCUAUACUGAAAUAGCUAGUAAACGCAUUACAUAUGUUUGAUCCAC